UGCGCAGGGGGCGCGCCGCCUCUGCCCGGCGGCGAGGGUGUCUAUGGAGAGGCGGCGGCCGCGGCUGCUGAGGCAGAGGCUGAGGCAGCGGCGAUGGCGCCCUUUCCCGAAGAAGUGGAUGUGUUCACCGCCCCGCACUGGCGGAUGAAGCAGCUGGUGGGGCUGUACUGCGACAAGCUUUCUAAAACCAACUUUUCCAACAACAAUGAUUUCCGUGCUCUUCUGCAGUCUCUGUAUGCUACUUUUAAGGAGUUCAAAAUGCAUGAGCAGAUUGAAAAUGAAUACAUCAUUGGUUUGCUUCAGCAACGCAGUCAGACCAUUUAUAAUGUUCAUUCUGACAAUAAACUCUCUGAGAUGCUUAGCCUCUUUGAAAAGGGACUGAAGAAUGUUAAGAAUGAAUAUGAGCAGUUAAAUUAUGAGAAACAGCUGAAAGAGAGAUUGGAGGCUUUUACAAGAGAUUUUCUUCCUCACAUGAAAGAGGAAGAGGAGGUUUUUCAGCCCAUGUUAAUGGAAUAUUUUACCUAUGAAGAGCUGAAGGAUAUUAAAAAGAAAGUGAUUGCACAGCAUUGCUCUCAGAAGGAUGCCGCAGAACUCCUUAGAGGUCUCAGCCUGUGGAAUCAAGCUGAGGAGCGACAGAAGUUUUUUAAAUAUUCAGUGGAUGAAAAGUCAGAUAAAGAAGCGGAAGUAUCAGAACGAGCCACAGGUAUAACGCAUCUUCCUCCUGAGGUAAUGCUGGCAAUUUUCAGUUAUCUUAAUCCUCAAGAAUUAUGUCGGUGCAGUCAAGUAAGCACCAAAUGGGCCCAGCUGGCAAAGACGGGAUCACUUUGGAAACAUCUUUACCCUGUUCACUGGGCCAGAGGUGACUGGUAUAAUGGCCCUGCAACUGAACUUGAUACCGAGCCUGAUGAGGAAUGGGUGAAAAACAGAAGAGAUGAAAGCCGUGCUUUUCAGGAAUGGGACGAAGAUGCCGAUGUAGAUGAAUCUGAAGAGUCUGCAGGGGAGUCGGUUGCUAUCAGCAUUGCACAAAUGGAAAAACGUUUACUCCAUGGCUUAAUUCAUAAUGUUCUGCCGUAUGUUGGUACUUCUGUAAAAACUCUUGUAUUAGCCUACAGCUCUGCAGUUUCCACCAAAAUGGUUAGGCAGAUUUUAGAGCUUUGUCCUAAUCUGGAGCACCUGGAUCUUACCCAAACUGACAUUUCAGAUUCUGCAUUUGACAGUUGGUCUUGGCUUGGAUGCUGCCAGAGUCUUCGGCAUCUUGAUCUGUCUGGAUGUGAAAAAAUCACAGAUGUGGCUCUAGAGAAGAUUUCUAGAGCCCUUGGAAUUCUGACGUCUCAUCAGAGUGGCCUUCUGAAAACUUCUACAAGCAAAAUCACUUCGACUUCAUGGGAAAAUGAAGACAUCACCAUGCAGUCCACCAAGCAGUAUGCGUGUUUGCAGGAUUUAACCAACAAGAGCGUCGGAGAAGAAAUCGAUAAUGAACACUCCUGGACUAAGCCCGAUUCUUCUGAAAAUUUCACCUCUCCGUAUGUGUGGAUGUUAGAUGCUGAAGAUCUGGCUGAUAUCGAGGAUGCCGUAGAAUGGAGACAUAGAAAUGUUGAAAGUCUUUGUGUGAUGGAAACAGCAUCCAACUUAAGUUGUUCCUCCGGUUGUUACAGCAAGGACAUUGUUGGACUAAGGACUAGCGUCUGUUGGCAGCAGCGUUGUGCUUCUCCAGCCUUUGCCUACUGUGGCCAUUCGUUCUGUUGCACAGGAGCGGCUCUAAGAACUAUGGCAGCACUCCCAGAGUCUUCUGCGUUGUGCAGAAAAGCACCAAGGACUAGAGUGCUUAGGGAAAAAGACUUAAUUUACUCUGGGAGUGACAAAUCUGAUCAGGAGACUGGACGUGUGCUUCUGUUUCUCAGUCUGUCCGGGUGUUACCAGAUCACAGACCAUGGUCUCAGGGUUUUGACUCUGGGAGGAGGGCUGCCUUAUUUGGAGCACCUUAAUCUCUCUGGUUGUCUUACUGUAACUGGUGCGGGCCUGCAGGAUUUGGUUUCAGCGUGUCCUUCUCUAAAUGAUGAAUACUUUUACUACUGUGACAACAUUAACGGUCCUCAUGCAGACACCGCCAGCGGAUGCCAGAACUUGCAGUGUGGUUUUCGAGCCUGCUGCCGCUCUGGCGAAUGACCCUUGACUUCUGACUUUUGUCUACUUCAUUUAGCUGAGCAGGCUUCCUUUCAUGCACUUUACUUGUAGCACAUUUCUUGUGUUAACCAUCCCUUUUUUGAGUGUGACUUGUUUUGGCCCCAUUCCUUUCAGCCUCAGAAAUCUUAAUUUACCAGUGAAUUGUACAGUGUCAUUUCUCCUGCAAAUCUUAUUUUUGUUUUAGAAAGGGAUUAGGUCUUUUCAUAAGAAUAAGGGUAGUUUUAUCAGCUUUCUUUUAAAUUGAAUGCUUUGAAAAUAAUGUCACUAAUGCCUUGCCAUUUAAAGCAUUUUUUAGAUUAUUUGAAGUUUUAGUCAGUGGGGGUUAUUGGUUCUCUCUCUGUAUAAACACUGCACGAGGCUUUGCAGGUCUUUUCGGACAUAGCUGCUGAAGUUUUAUUUUCAGAGACUGCACAUUUUGGAACCAGUCUCUUUUCCAUACCGUUCCCUUUAUUUGAGCAAUUCUCAGAGGGCCAAUUCAAACAUACCCACAUGUAAGAUUCUUUAAGAAUACAGAACAGAUUGGCUUCUUGGUGGUAGCUAGGUGAGCUGGCAAAGCACCAGUUUAUUUGUAUUAGCUUCUUCUAAGAACCCCUGGUUCUACCACUUCCCCUAAAUUGUCAAAUUUGAGAGGGAUUUUUAAAAAUUCCACAAUCAUUUGAAGAAAUGUAUAAAUAAAAUCUACUUUGAGGACUUUACCAAGUAA